CAAGAUAAACAGCCAGCCUCUUUCCAUAUGCAUUCUUUCCAAAAUGGACGACGAAAACAAUUGCUCAACAUUCACUGGAAAAAAAUGCUGUCGCGUCUUUGACACUUCAGGAAAAGGCAUUGAAGAAAUGAUUAAGAAUCUCUCCGCUCAAGAUGUCUAUUUCACUUCCAAUGGAAAGAUAUUUGACAUUAAAACCUUCCUGGAUGGCAAAAUUGUGGAGCCAUCUCUUGUCAGGUGUCAUCUGCGCAUUUUGGGCGGCAAAGGUGGAUUUGGUUCAAUGUUACGUGCACUUGGUGCUCAAAUAGAGAAAACAACAAACAGAGAAGCAUGUAGGGAUUUAAGUGGUAGAAGAAUGAGGGAUGUCAACAAUGAAAAAACGAUUAAUGAGUGGUUAGAGAAAAAGAAAACUGAAGACGAGGAUAAAGCAAAAAGGAAAAAAGAAAAACUUGAAAAGAUAUUAAACCCACCAAGGCACAUUUUAAAGGACUCAAGCUAUGUCACAGAUUUAAAAGCCAAUGCUGAAAAAGUUGAAGAUGCUUUAAAACAAGGUCUGAGUACAAAACAGCAGUCACAAGGUACAGGUCAUGGAAAAAGACAGAAUUCAAGUGAAAAAAAUGGGAAAGCCAAAAAGCAGAGACUUUGGCUUGGCUUAGAUGACUCUGAUACUGCAGAAGAAGAUGAAGAUAUUUGUGAUAGCACUUUUGAAACUGAAUGCCUGGCUUAUCCAGUUGAAAAAACAGACAAAUUAUUAUCAGAUGUUCCAAACAAAAGUGACAGCACAGACACUAAAUCAGAUGAUCCUGUACACAAGAAAGAGGUGUUUGAAACAAAGCUGCCAGAAAAAGACAGUGAGCCUGAUAAAGAAAAGGUGCAAAUCAGUGGACAUUCUGCUUUUUCUACAAAAGAGGAAAAGCCCAAUGUUCAAACAGACAAUGACUCAAUAUCUGAUGAAAGAAGUGAAAAGGAGGAUGUCUCUAAAGCUCAGAAUAGCCAUCAAAGUGAUCUUCUAAUCAACCUGCAGUUGUUUUCAAUGGCAGAAGAGCUAGAAGCAUUUGGACUGGAAAAACUUAAAUGUGAGCUAAUGAAGCAUGGCUUAAAAUGUGGUGGAACCUUGCAGCAACGUGCUCAGCGCUUAUUUCUAUUGAAGGACACUCCUAUUGAAAAGUUAGACAAAUCACUGUUUGCAAAACAGGGAAAGAAGCACUCAAAAUAGAGACAUGCAUUCUUAAUGCUUUACAGCUUGGUGAAAAGUCAAAUGAGUUGGCACACAGAAAGGGACAAGCAUUUUUAUCAUACUCUGAGAUCAAGCAUGUUAUGAAUGCAAAUAACAGUAUGCUUCUACUCCUAGCUUGUUUUAUUUGGUUAUGAUUGUUAUAAUUUGUUUUAAGUAUCAAUAUUAUGGGAAAAUUUGUUAAAAAUCUCACACUUUGACAAGCUGAAAGAAAUCAGGAUUGUUUUUUUAAGAGAGCAGGUUUUUUGGUCUAGCGGUUACCUUGCUCUUAGCGAUCCAAGUUGAAUAACAUAAUAAUUUAAAAGUAUUGAAGCAGGAGUUAAAGACAUGUCAAUGUACCUUCAAAUCUUGUAGCACUUUGCUAAACUCUGUGAAGCAUGUUUAGUUACUUAUCAAAGACGAUGUAUCAGCCCUAAGUUAAAUGCAAUUAUUUCCCUAAUAUACUAGUUGUAAAACUUUGUCCUGUAUUGUUCUGUAAAAAUAAAUUGGAUUGUAAAUAAAACUCUGCAAGAACGAAAGAGAAAUGCAAGAACAUUCCACUCUAUACUGUCAAUUUUUGAAACCAAUUAAGGUUUCUUGAAGAUCACCUAUCAAUGAGAGAGUUGCAAUAUUGCUAUAUUUACAAACAAAUUACCGUAUUUUGCUGGUAUAAGAUGCAUCCUUGUAUAAGAAGCACCCAUAAUUCCAUUUUUGAAUUCUGAAAAAUAGUUUUUACUGCGUCUUACCGUGUAUAAGACACACCCCCUUUUGCCAGUUCUUGUAAAGCAUGUAUCUUUCAGUGAAAGAAUAAACUCAAGAAUAAACUAUAGACACUACAUCUGUGGAGGAAAAUUUGUUCAAACCGCAAUGUUUCAAAUCAUCAAAAUAGAAAGUUUAAAAUCAUAAAAGAAUCAAAAUCAUUAUUAACGCUUACAGGUUUUAAAAUCAUUAAAAUUCUUGUCUGCCGUCCAUUUCAUUCACAACUUUCACAACGAUUACAGGGAUGUGCCCUUCAAUUAAAAGAAUGAAGGUUACAACCCUUCCAUUUGGGAGUAAAAAAAGCUUUUGUCAGAUAAUUUUUCUAUCGCGACUGGAAAAUUUCGAACCUUUCACUAAAUUUUCGUUAAAGUGCAAUUAUUCAAAUUAAGAGAACAGGAGCUCCAAAUAUCAUAAUAUUUUGUCUAAAAAACGAAUGACACUUUGCCUUCAAAGGAAAUGAUGGGACAGUCAAUGUUACCAUGUAUAAGAUGUACCCUCAAACAAAGCCAUAAUUAAACAAAGAUGCCUUUUAAACAUGGCAAAAUACAGUAAGACGAAAAUAAAUUUUGAAACAUUGUUACUGUUGUAUGUAGGUUGUAUUUCUUUCUUACUCUUUACAAAACUUUUUUUAACUUGAUUUCUAGUAAUGCGUAGUUUUUUACAUGAAAAUAAUGACAUUGCAGGGUAUAGUUCUAGUGUGUAAGUAUAGGAAGAAAUGCAGGAAAGGCUGUCUGCAAAAAUUAUUUUUAGGCGGGGGCUUAUUCGAGGGGGGGGAGCUUAUUCGAGCAUGGGGCUUAUCCGAGGAUUUACGGUGUUGGUAUUAUUGAUUUCAUCAAUUAAAGUCAUCUUCAGUAAAGAAAGCUUUCCAAUACUUUAAAUCUACAAUAUAUUUUUUCAAGGUGGCUAGCUUUAGCUUUUUAUUUUCAUCUCGUUAACAAGGGUUGUAAAAUUUCGACAUUACACGGGCUUUUUCACAUUUCAAAGUUAAAAAUGUUUGCUGUGAAAGAUUCUAUUCCAAUCAGGUUCCUUUGGAAAUGUGUGUUGAUGCAAAUCGUAUGAAUUUUCUUCAGGGUGAAUUCUUUGAAGGUGUAUCUUGUAAUUUUGCUCUUCAUGCCAACUCUGCAUUUUACUUUCUUUUCCUUACUCCCACAAACGCGUUAGUUACUAGAUGCUAUACUCGACACCUUUAGCUUAAAGGAGCGUGAGGGCUGUCACUUUUUCCAAGAGGUUUUUAGGAUUUUUCGCAGAAUUUUUUGAAGAUUUUUCUCGAAAACAAAAGGGUUUUUGCCAAAGGUGUAUGAGAUUUUCGUGAAGUGAUAUGCCCUUCAAAGGCAUACGUAAUGUUCGGAAAUGAAAAGAUCGAAUAAUUGUGAGUGGUCUCUUUCAGGAAGAGGAAAUAGAAAGAAAGGGACAGAUAGACAAUGUGAUAUGCAAACUCACGCAAUUAGAGCAAUGAUUUUAGGUAGAAAAGACUUACAACUUUAUCCUUUGAAAUUCUACUUCCAAUUGAU